UAGAAUGUAAAUCACACGUUUCUAUCUCAGUUUAUGAAACCCUCUGUUGAAGUACAUGCUGAAAAAUCUCUUCCUGAUCCAACCCCCCACCACCCCUGUUUCCAAAUCCUAGGUCCUGUCCACAACAAGCUCCUGUAUUGCUCUGCCUAAUAACAGUACAUCUGUGAUCAGCAACAUUUCUGCCAGUGCAUUCCCUCUGUCAGCAUCUCUUGCUAUUGUCCCAUGUCACUCUGGAUUGCUCAGUGGGGUAGGGACACCAGUCACUAAUUGUUCUUCCUGACCACCCACUGGCAUGGCCAGAGCCUUAUGGAUAUCUUGCAGGAUGCAGCGGUAUAGCACCAACAGACAUUUACCUGCUACUGCUCCUGUCUCAGUCUGACCCUCUGGCUCACAACCUCUAACCCUUGCUCAUUGGUUAGACCUUCAUGGUAGGAAGAUGUUUAAGUAUCCCGCACCAUGGCAAGUGCUCUGCAGUGGUUUGGAGAGAAGGGACGUGAUCUCUAAUGAGGAAAAAGCUAAAAGUCUCUACUUGAAUGACACAAGUCACUCUCAGACUGAGGUGCCGACAGGCAAUAUCUCUGAUCUGCAUAGCACUAACUCAUUUGGGCUGCAGCUAACAAACUCCCCUAAAGACCAAACAGUUGGCUUACCUGAACAAGGAAAAAAUGAUUUUGAAACUCAAGCAGUAAUUUUGACAGAGUUUGUCAGCACACGUGAUGAAGAAACAAGAUAUGAAAACGAAUUGCAGGUGACAGAUAAAGAGAAAAAAACUUUUUUAGAAGAGAACAGAUUUUUCAGUCAGGAUAUAAACUACACAUCUGAAGUAAAGGAGCCAAACACAUCUAAACCUCAAAGAAUUGAGGUUCCUAUUUCUGUCAUGGAUAGAAUAACCAGGAGUUCCAUCUACUCAUUAUCCUCAGCAAAAGAUACAGAGAGCUGCAAGGAAGAAGCAGGCCAGGAGACCAAUUCAACUGCUCAACAUAGUCCUAGAAUGGAGGGAAGAAGUAUGAGCAGGGAUGUGUGGGUCCCUCAUCCAGAGCGAGAUAGCCAGUUGCGUUUGUUGAAAGAAGAUAAACGCUUUGAUAUAAGGGCAUAUCGUUCUCAGACCAGUCCAACCAAGCUUUUUACAGAUGAUGAUUCAGAGGAUGAAUUUAGACCUCGCUCGCGGGAUCUUACACCAGAAAAAUUGUUGGAGCUUGAUGCACAGCGAAAGGACAUAAUUAAAAGACAAGGGCAGCGGAAAAGCUUGGACAUGGAAGAGCUGAGAGUCUCAUUAGAUGAGACAGGGAGUUCCACUUCAGGUGUUGACAUAAAUGGGUUGGAUAAUAGACCCAAUACUGACCAGAUAAACUUUGAAGCUGCCAGACAACAAUUUCUGAUGUUAGAGAAGAAAAAAGAAAACCUACCACUCCCUAGCCCCCAGGUUCAUUCCAAGCUGACCCGCCUUUCCUCUCAGAUUAUGCUUGAAAAUGACAAUAUCAACCAAGGCAAAACAGGGGACAUUCCUAGGAAAGUGUGGGAUAUUGUUUCACCCAAUAGUGAGAGUCAACCCAUAUCAAGCAGAAGUAGAAGUUCCAGCCAGCUCUAUAAUAAUAUUUCUGGGGAGAUAUAUGCUGAUAAUGUAGACUCUAAAGCAGAGGAAAAACCAUCAAACUAUCAAAUAACAGAGGAAGAACUUGAUGACAUUCCAAAUCCAAGUAAUGAGACACCAAUUGAGAGGGAAAUCAGAUUAGCCAAGGAAAGGGAAGAGAACUUGAGGAGAGAGAGAGGCAUCCAAAUUAGUUCAGAAACCAAUGAGAUUGUAGAAAUCCUCAAAAAUCCUGUUGUUCCUUUCAAUUCAAAUGUGCCAUCUCAAAAAAAGAGCAAAGACAGGGCUCGUACCUCUAUCUUUCUACAGAGGGAAAUUGAAAAAGAGGCCCAAAGGGAAGCUGACCUAAAAAAUGAGGGUAAAGUGGCUGGGCUUUAUGAUAAGGGAAGUGCUCAGGAGAUAGAUGAGCGCAGGAAAUUGUUUGAGCAGCCAGAUGAUAUUUCUGUGAAACCACAGUAUGCAACAACAAAAACAAUCUUUAAGGGAACAAUAAAUAGCUACAGCACAGGAGAUGACAUAACUCAAGUUGAUUUUGGAGAACCUAAUGAAAAAAACAAUGAUAAUAGUCAGGAUUCCCAGCUGCCAUAUAGUGUAAGAACCAACUGGAAGCCAACUCCCAUGAACACAUAUAGAUAUAGAAGACAGAGUUUAGAAAACAUAUUAGACAGUAAGCCAUCUUCAGAAUCUUCCAUUUUACACAAAGAAAAUGCCCAUGUUAAACCACUGGAAUCCCAUUUAUCUGUGAAAGAGGAUGAAGAUGAAGAUGAAAAGAGGAAGCAGUUGUUUGAUAGAAAAACUGCAAACCCUGAAGCAAUAUACAGUGUCAACAGGCUUAGGCCUUCUCUGUCCAACAUUAUUGAGCAAGAGAUCAAGCAAACAUUAGAGAGGGAUAGGGAGCUAAAAGAACAAAGAAGGAGAAGUGAAGUGGCUUCAAUAACGUCACCUGUAGACAUCCAAACCCCUGUUCCUGUCAAUGGCUACACCCAAUAUGAAAGACCAAUACUGACUUCAGGUUUUUCUAACCAGUGGUCGCCUGCUCCACACAGAGCCAACCCCGGAACUCCUUCAUAUAUAUUGUCUGAAGAACAAACAUUUAAGUUAAAGAGAUACCCUAAAUUUGUUGCAACAGAAUCAGACUCAGACCAACUAAGGAAGUAUGGGGAAGAUAGCUGGUAUGCUGGCAUUGACCCAACAGAUGACGUCAACACUGAGAUUGUGGAGUCUACACGUGUAAAUCGGCACAAAAACAGAAUGGCUAUGCGCUGGGAGGCAGGAUUGUAUGCCAACGAGUCUAGUGAUUAAAUCCAGGAGACCCCAGGCUGAUUUUCGUUUAACUACUAACCCCUUAGCCAUUAGAAAGGCCCUUUUGGACACAUGACUUGCUGUUUGGUAAACUCGUUACUUUAAAAUUGUAGUGGAAUGGCAAUGAAGUAAUGAGAAGAAUUGUCUCAAGUCUUUUUGUUUUUUUAUGGAGCCUUAUUUCCAGCUUGAACAGAAUAUACCCAAAUGAAGGAAGUAAAACUUAUCUUGUUUUAUUAAGGAAGUACAGAUUCCUUUGAAUCCUGAUUUUGUUUCCACUACACAUAUAAGGAGAGUGGCUGUUAUUACUGGAAAAUUUGUUAUAAGUGGGUCACAUUUAGAACAAGAGAAUUGUGAUUAUCCACUAUGUAUGUAUUAUACAAUUGAUAUGAGUGACUGACUUUUUAAAUACUAUCCCUACUAGUAAAUUAGACUCAGUACUGCCUUUACAUCUUUGACUGCCAGGCAAUGUUAUUGCCUCACCAUUCCAUGAACUGAAUGAAAUCCAAAAAUGUAGAAUCUCAGUUUCUGGCACUUUGUAACAUUUUUUUUAGCCAGCCAGUGUUGGCAGUCAAAGGGUUAAAUAACUGCUACUUAAUAGAUGUGUGGGAAUCAACAGGGGGCCUAAGCAAGUAGCAAGGCAAAUAUUUUUUUGUAAACUAUUUAAUUUUUGUACAGAAGUAUCAAACUGCUUUUCCAGUGUCAUGAAAUAAAUAAAAGUCCCCACUUUGGGACUUUCAUAUGCCAUUGAUUUUUCUACUUUAUGUAACUGUAAUUAUGAAUCAGAUGCAUUAAUUACAUAAUAGCUAUUUAAUCCCCUAUGGAGGAGUGAUAAGGUAAACAGACUUGGUGCAGGGCCUAAUUUAGCAUUUAGGAUUGCUGGAAAUGUGCCUUAUGUGGAAAAGGAGGGAAGCCGGCUUCACUCCAUGCUAAUUGUCUUCCAAGCUCUUAACUACUUACAUUUAAAUUAAAAAAAAUUUGAAAGGCUAA